AUGGCGGCGAUGCAGACACGACUGUGUACGCUUCCAUCGCGCCCUGAUGAGAAACGCGGUCCAAACGUUAACUGCUUAAAACCCAAUUUCGCCUAUGGGUGUUCUGGACAGGCUGGUUGGAAGGGAGCUGGGUUAACCGUGGGAGCUGGCGUUCUCCUUACCGCAGGGGUAUACAAGAUGAUGGACAAGCAACCCCAGAAGUCAGCGGAGUCAGUUGAGCGGGUUGCCGCAGAUGCCAGUAAUGUUGAGAAGAUCGGUUUGCACCAGAGUAUCAUGGAUAGUAAGACUCCAGCCGGAGUCCUGACCAGGAUCGACGUCACUGCAGCUGAGUCAGAGAGGGGGUCUGAGUCCGGAGCACCAGGCGAGGCGAACAAGGAAGGGCCAGGAGAGGGGGAUGCAGCUCGGCUUCCUGCCCAGGCUGCUGCUGCUGACGAUGAUGAGAAAACCGCAUCCGAAGAAUCCACACCCGUUGCUUCCUUCACCGACGGCAGCGAUGGACUAGUCCUCUCCCAGAUGAACCAGAUGAAGGUGUUCGGCUUGAUGCCGAAGAGCAACUUCAAGUCCUGGACCAGGUCUCCACAGCAGCCAGAACUGCAUUUCAAGGCCGAUCACCUGUGGCUCAGGCUUUUGUUGUAUAUUCUACUUUACUUUGGCUAUAUUGGCCUCUUACCCCGGAGAUUCGCGGCGACCCACAGUUGGUCUGAUGCCCAGCGGAGUUGGCAAGAUGGCGCCUCACAAACGUACAGGUCUACACAGUGGCAGAGGCCACGUAGGUGA